AUGGCCCAACCCCAUCAGGGCGGCUAUGAUGACGGCUACGGCGGCCAUCACGCCGACAGCUACUACCAAGACGACCAGCAGGCCUACUACGAUCAACAGGGCUACGCCCAAGGCCAGCAUGAUGGAUACUACGAUGACAACGGUUACUACCAGGCCGGCCACGACGGCUACCAGCAAGAUGGCUACUACGACGCCGGCCAGCACGGCUAUCAAGACGAGUACUAUAACGAUCAGUACUACGACCAAGGUGCUCCCGCUGCCGGCCAGUAUCAGCAACAAGGUCGCGGAUACGGUCAGCGCAAGGGUCGUCGCGGCCACGACUCGGAAGAGGACUCUGAGACCUUCAGCGACUUCACCAUGAGAUCUGACAUGGCUCGUGCUGCUGAGAUGGACUACUACGGCCGCGGUGAUGAGCGAUACAACUCGUACGGCGAAGGCCAAGGCCGCGGAUACCGCCCUCCAUCAUCUCAGGUCUCGUACGGCGGCAAUCGCUCCUCAGGCGCCUCCACGCCCGUCUACGGCAUGGACUACUCGAGCGCUCUGCCAGCUGGUCAAAGGUCUAGGGAGCCAUACCCAGCUUGGACUUCCGAUGCCCAGAUUCCUCUCUCUAAGGAAGAGAUUGAGGACAUCUUCCUCGACCUGACCGCCAAGUUCGGUUUCCAGCGUGACAGCAUGCGAAACAUGUUCGACCACCUUAUGACCCUACUCGACUCGCGUGCUUCCCGCAUGUCUCCCAACCAGGCCCUUCUCUCCCUCCACGCUGAUUACAUCGGUGGCGAGAACGCCAACUACCGCAGAUGGUACUUUGCUGCACAUCUCGAUCUCGACGACGCCGUCGGUUUCGCCAAUAUGAAACUCGGAAAGGCCAACAGGGCGACUCGGAAGGCUCGCAAGGCAGCCAAGAAGAAGAAUGCUGGAGCCGACCCACAGAACGAGGAGCAGACUCUUGAGAGCCUCGAAGGCGACAACAGCUUGGAAGCCGCUGAAUACCGUUGGAAGACACGCAUGAACCGGAUGUCUCAGCACGACAGAAUCCGCCAGAUCGCCUUGUACUUGCUCUGCUGGGGUGAGGCCAAUCAAGUGCGUUACAUGUCCGAAGUUCUCUGCUUCUUGUUCAAGUGCGCAGACGACUACUACCACUCGCCCGCCUGCCAGAACCGCGUCGAGCCGGUCGAAGAGUUCACAUACCUGAACAACUGCAUCACACCAUUGUACAACUACUGCAGAGACCAGGGUUAUGAGAUCUACGAGGGCAAGUACGUCCGCAAGGAGCGUGACCACAACAAGAUCAUCGGUUACGACGACAUGAACCAGCUUUUCUGGUAUCCUGAGGGUAUAGAGCGGAUUGCCUUCGAAGAUAAGACUCGAUUGGUCGAUCUCCCACCAGCUGAGCGGUAUGAGCGCCUCAAGGAUGUCGUCUGGAAGAAGGCGUUCUUCAAGACCUACAAGGAGACCCGUUCAUGGUUCCACAUGUUGACCAACUUCAACCGUAUCUGGAUCAUCCACGUCUGUAUCUUCUGGUUCUACACGGCCUUCAAUUCGCCCACCCUGUACACCAAGAACUACCAGCAGCAGCUUAACAAUCAGCCGCGUGGCUCAGCUCACUGGUCUGCUGUGGCUCUUGGUGGUACUGUCGCUUGCCUAAUCCAAAUCAUCGCGACGUUGGUCGAAUGGAUGUACGUUCCACGGAGAUGGGCUGGCGCUCAGCACUUGACCAAGCGCCUUUUGGUCCUCAUUGUCAUGUUCGUCAUCAACAUUGCACCCUCGGUCUACAUCUUCGGUGUCACGCAAGCUGGCAAGGUCGCCCUUGUUCUGGGCGUCGUCCAAUUCCUGAUCGCUUUGGCCACCGUCUUCUUCUUCGCUAUCAUGCCCUUGGGUGGUCUUUUCGGAAGCUACCUGAAUGGCAAGCGGAGGCAGUAUGUGGCUAGCCAGACAUUCACGGCCAGCUGGCCUCGGCUGCGCGGCAACGACAUGUGGAUGUCUUUCGGUCUCUGGGUUCUCGUGUUCGCGGCCAAGCUUGCCGAGUCUUACUUUUUCCUGACCCUAUCGCUCCGUGAUCCGAUCCGUAUUUUGUCCACAAUGGACAUCCAGAACUGUCUUGGAGACGCCAUAAUCGGAAAAGUUCUCUGCUACCACCAACCGACGGUCCUGCUCAUCCUCAUGUACUUCACAGACUUGAUUCUGUUCUUCUUGGAUACGUACCUCUGGUACGUCAUCUGGAACUGUGUCUUCUCGGUGGCUCGGUCUUUCUACCUUGGUGUAUCCAUCUGGACACCUUGGAGGAACAUCUUCUCGCGCUUGCCGAAGCGUGUCUAUUCUAAGAUCCUGGCCACCACCGACAUGGAGAUCAAGUACAAGCCCAAGGUCCUCAUCUCUCAAAUUUGGAACGCCAUUGUCAUCUCCAUGUACCGCGAGCACUUGCUGGCCAUUGAUCACGUCCAAAAGUUGCUCUACCACCAGGUCCCGUCCGAGCAAGAAGGAAAGCGCACUCUUCGUGCUCCAACCUUUUUCGUGUCCCAGGAGGAUCAUUCGUUUAAGACCGAGUUCUUCCCAGCGCAAUCCGAGGCCGAGCGUCGUAUAUCUUUCUUCGCCCAGUCGCUUUCGACCCCUAUCCCUGAGCCGUUACCUGUUGACAACAUGCCGACUUUCACGGUCAUGAUUCCUCAUUACAGCGAAAAGAUUCUCCUCUCCCUCCGUGAGAUCAUUCGCGAGGACGAGCCAUACUCUCGUGUCACUAUGCUGGAGUACCUCAAGCAGCUUCACCCCCACGAGUGGGAUUGCUUCGUUAAGGACACGAAGAUCCUGGCUGACGAGACGUCUCAAUUCAAUGGCGACUACGACAAGAGCGAGAAGGACGCAGAGAAGAGCAAGAUUGAUGAUUUGCCUUUCUACUGCAUUGGCUUCAAGUCUGCCGCUCCCGAGUACACCCUGCGCACUCGUAUCUGGGCCUCGCUCCGCUCGCAGACCCUGUACCGUACCAUCUCUGGUUUCAUGAACUACAGCCGUGCUAUCAAGCUUCUCUACCGCGUGGAGAAUCCCGAGGUCGUCCAGAUGUUCGGUGGAAACUCUGACAAGCUCGAGCGUGAACUGGAGCGCAUGGCUCGCCGCAAGUUCAAGAUUGUCGUCUCCAUGCAGCGCUACGCCAAGUUCUCCAAGGAAGAGCGUGAGAACGCCGAGUUCCUCCUCCGUGCCUACCCCGAUCUGCAGAUUGCCUACCUGGACGAGGAGCCUCCGACUCAAGAGGGCGAGGACCCAAGACUUUUCUCUGCUCUUAUCGAUGGCCACUCUGAGAUCAUGGAGAACGGUAUGCGUCGUCCAAAGUUCCGCAUCAUGCUUUCCGGCAACCCCAUUCUUGGUGACGGCAAAUCCGACAACCAGAACCACUGCUUGAUCUUCUACCGCGGCGAGUACAUCCAGCUCAUCGACGCCAACCAGGACAACUACCUCGAGGAGUGCUUGAAGAUUCGCUCCGUUCUUGCCGAAUUCGAAGAGAUGACGACCGAUAACGUCUCGCCAUACACUCCAGGUCUGCCACCCACCAAGUUCAACCCAGUUGCCAUUCUCGGUGCCCGUGAAUACAUUUUCUCUGAGAACAUCGGUAUUCUUGGUGACGUCGCCGCCGGAAAGGAACAGACUUUUGGCACCCUCUUCGCUCGUACUCUCGCCCAAAUCGGUGGAAAGCUCCACUACGGACAUCCUGAUUUCCUCAACGGCAUCUUCAUGACCACUCGUGGUGGUGUCUCGAAGGCCCAAAAAGGUCUACAUCUAAACGAGGACAUCUACGCUGGUAUGAACGCCAUCCUCCGCGGUGGUCGCAUCAAGCACUGCGAGUACUACCAGUGUGGUAAAGGCCGUGACUUGGGCUUCGGUUCUAUCCUGAACUUCACCACCAAGAUCGGUACUGGCAUGGGCGAGCAGAUGUUGUGUCGCGAGUACUACUACCUCGGCACGCAACUGCCCCUCGACCGCUUCUUGUCGUUCUACUACGCUCAUCCUGGUUUCCACAUCAACAAUUUGUUCGUCAUGCUGUCGGUGCAGCUCUUCAUGUGGUGCUUGCUCAACCUGGGUGCGCUUCGCCAUGAGACCAUCACUUGCAACUACAACAGAAACGUUCCAGAGACAGAUCCGCUCUAUCCCACAGGCUGCGCGAACAUCAUCCCUAUCAUGGAUUGGGUUGAGCGCUGUAUUCUGUCCAUUUUCAUCGUCUUCUUCAUCUCCUUCGUGCCUCUCACGAUUCAGGAGUUGACGGAGCGUGGAUUCUGGCGAGCUGCAACCCGCUUGGCUAAGCACUUCUCUUCUCUCUCCCCGCUAUUCGAGGUGUUCGUCACCCAGAUAUACGCCUUCGCUCUGCAGCAAGAUCUAUCAUUCGGAGGAGCUCGCUACAUCGGUACUGGACGUGGUUUCGCGACCGCCCGCAUGCCUUUUGGUGUCCUAUACUCACGUUUCGCCAGCCCAUCGAUCUACCUAGGAGCUCGUCUCAUGAUGAUGCUCCUGUUCGGUACGAUGACUGUUUGGAAUGGCUGGCUGCUUUGGUUCUGGGUGUCUUUGCUGGCUCUCUGCAUUUCGCCCUUCUUGUUCAACCCACAUCAAUUCGCGUGGUCCGACUUCUUCAUCGACUACCGCGAGUUCUUGCGCUGGUUGUCUCGAGGAAACACCAAGGCUCACUCCGCCUCCUGGAUUGGUUUCGUCCGUCUCUCGCGUACCCGCCUUACUGGGUUCAAGCGCAAGGCGCUCGGUGACCCAUCCGCCAAGCUGUCCGGUGACACGCCAAGAGCACACUUCACAAACAUCUUCUUCAGCGAAGUCAUCGGCCCGCUUGUCCUCGUCGCUGCGACUUUGAUUCCAUAUCUGUACAUCAACGCAGGCACUGGUGUCACUGCAGACAAGAACCCUGGCAAGGACCUCCAGCCCACCAACUCCCUCAUCCGAAUCGCCAUUGUUGCUUUCGCUCCAAUUGGUGUCAACGCGGGUGUGGCUGCUGGAUUCUUCGGCAUGGCUUGUUGUAUGGGACCAGUCCUCAGCAUGUGCUGCAAGAAGUUUGGUGCCGUCUUGGCUGCCAUCGCCCACGCAAUCGCGGUCAUCAUGCUCCUGGUCUUCUUCGAGGUCAUGUUCUUCCUGGAAGGUUGGAGCUUUACCAAGGCUCUUCUUGGAAUGAUCGCUGUCGUCGCUAUUCAACGCUUCGUGUUCAAGCUGAUCAUCGCCCUUGCUCUUACCAGAGAGUUCCGCGCGGAUACUUCCAACAUUGCAUGGUGGACCGGCAAAUGGUACGCCCUCGGAUGGCACACUCUCUCGCAGCCCGGACGUGAAUUCCUGUGCAAGAUCACCGAGAUGGGCUUCUUCGCCGCCGACUUCUUGUUGGGCCACUUCCUGCUGUUUUUCAUGCUGCCACCGCUUCUUGUCCCCUACAUUGACAAGUUCCACUCUGUCAUGCUCUUCUGGCUGCGUCCAAGCCGUCAAAUCCGACCACCCAUCUACUCUCUGAAGCAGUCGAAGCUUCGCAAGCGACGAGUCAUCCGCUAUGCCAUCCUCUACUUCACUAUGUGCAUCCUAUUUCUGGUCCUCAUCGUCGGCCCAGUCAUCCUCAAGAAGUUCGUGACGUUCAACGUCGACCUCCCGAUGCAACUCCAGCAGCCGACUGACUGGAACAACAAUGAUACCUCUGGCAAGCACACCGGUACUGGUGUUGCUGGCGGUGGUGCGUCGGCCACUGCAUCGGCGACCGGCAACAACAAGCUGGCGAGGAUGAUGUUCACGUACGAUGCAUAA